UCGGGACAGAACCGGCCGGGUCGGCGAACGGGCCAGGGCACCGUGCCCCUCUUCCGCCAUGUGGAUGUGGAACGACCCAUCCGCCAUCGGGGACCCUCAUACCCAUCCCGUCCCGCCCAGCUAGGUCAAGACUCCUCAACACAAAAACCACACAUUCACAAUGGCGCCCAAGGCAAUCAUUGCACCCUCCAUUCUGUCGGCCGACUUUGCCAGCCUCGGCCAUGACUGCUCCAAGACGAUCAGCCAGGGCGCCGACUGGCUCCAUGUCGACAUCAUGGAUGGCCACUUCGUCCCCAACCUAACCUGGGGCCCUCCCAUCGUCGCCAAGAUCCGCGGCCACGUUGACAAGCCGACCGAGGCCUAUGGCAAGGGCACCUUCGACUGCCACAUGAUGAUUGCCGAGCCCAAGAAAUGGGUCAAGGAGUUCAAGAAGGCCGGCUGCGACCUGUACUGCUUCCACUACGAGGCCGCCUUCUCGACGGCCGCCGAGUCGCCUGAGGCCAAGUCGGACGAGAAGACCAGCCCAAAGGAGCUGAUCAAGUACAUUCACAACCAGGGCAUGCUGGCGGGUAUUGCCCUUAAGCCCGCGACGUCUGUCGAUGUUCUCUGGGAGAUCUUGGAGUCUGAGGACCCCAAGGAGAGACCUGAUAUGGUCCUCAUCAUGACGGUCGAGCCCGGCUUCGGCGGACAAAAGUUCAUGGCUUCCGAACUGCCCAAGGUUCAGGAGCUCAGGAAGCGGUAUCCCGAGUUGAACAUCGAGGUCGACGGCGGCCUUGGACCCGCCACCAUUGACCAGGCGGCGGAUGCGGGUGCGAACGUUAUCGUGGCUGGAAGCGCGGUCUUCGGUGCCCAGGAUCCGUCCGAGGUUAUUGCGCUACUUCGCGAGGCUGUCGAGAAGAGGAACGGCAAGCUAUGAGAGGGAUUUCGACCAGAGUGGAAGAGGGGAGGAGAGUGAGUGAGGGAACGUACAGACGUCGUGUGUGACGAUACCUCUAGUGAGUGCGGCAUAGA